CGAGAGAUCGAGGAGCAGACACAGAGACUCUUCUAUGAGGAGGCGGCCACAACCGGAUGGCAGGAGGAGGUUAGGAUGAGGAGACGGACAGGAGAGGAGCCCAUUCCUGAGGGGGAGCGUACACAGGCAGAGGAGGCGCUCCAGGCAAGAUUGUUAUCUGAGGCCUCAGUUCGAGAGCUGGCAGGAGUGAUGGAGCAUGUCGGGAGGCUCACGCAGACCGAGGUUACACGAGGAGAGGUACUCCAUGAUGCAGUACAAAGGUUAGGUGUCCUAGAGCAGAAGAACAAAAGUUUGAGGGACAUAGUAUGUGACAUCGUCGCUAGCGCAGAGUUGGCGAGACAGUCUACCUCGAGACUCGAGCAGAGGAUUAAUGAUCCAGAGGAGGGUCGGAGGCGUCAGGCCACGACAAAUCUGGUCGACGAGAGAAGGACUGAGGGGCAGCAGAUUCCUAUCGGACAGGCGCACGUCUCUCAUGGGGUAGAGUCAGGUGGAGUGAGAUUGGAUACCCCUCGACGAGACUCGCAGAUGGAGGAGCCAGGUGGAGCUAUGGGGUUGACAUGUGAGGAGGCUGCAGUUGUUGACAAACUCAUGCUUGAGCCAGACGAGAUUGAGAGAAAGAGAGAGGCAGAGGCACGUGGAUUGGACUGGGUUCCUCCAUCAGAGUUCGCAGUCUAGGGAGAUGCAUGGCGAGAGAUGGAUGGUAGGCACGACGAGCGAGAGACUGUCUCAGAGUCAUGAGAUGUCAUACCACAACAGGAC